GGGGCGGGGGGAGAGGGGCUCCCAGCACUGCACUUCCCGGAGGGAGUUAAAGGAAAAGCCACCGGAUUUGGCAACAGAUUGCAAGCAGCAUUAGUCGCCUUUUAACAACAGAGAAAAAAAAUGCAGCAAUAAGAAGCCAUUUAAUGUAGUGGUUAAGGUGGUCAGUCCUGGAGCUGGACCACCUUGGGUCACCUGUGGGCUUCCAGCUGUGCAACCUCAGCAAAAUGAUUUAAACCUCUCUGAAUCUCUAUGCCCCUCUACAGUAAAAUGGGGAUGGUUUCUGUCUCUUAGAGUUAUUUCGUUUGGAUGAUACCUGUAGAAACUUAAUACAUGUUUUCUGUGGUGGCUGAAAUGAAUUUAAAAGAAAAAGACGUCCAGAGUUGAUCAAAGACUUUAUGUUCAGAGGGUGGUGGACUUCAUUUGCUUUUUAUGUUUUCUACUGGUUGAGGACUCAUGCUCCUUAAAUAUUAUAUUGAAUUUCUGUUUAUUAGGAGACUUAUUUCAAAUUGGGCCUUAGGUCCUUAAUUUUAGCUGGUGACAGGCAACAGAAAUGCCCUGUUGACCUCCCCAGGUUAAGAGGUCUGACAGCAAACGUCCAACUCCCACUGUGUCUGGUCAUCCUCCCUGACUUCAAAAGGCAGCCCGGUUUUGCAGUCCUGCAGGCUCAAAACCUUACACCCAAUUCUAACGUCUCUCCCCGACCCCCAUACCAAAAUCAUAAUCAGGUCUCAUUCCUUCUUUCAUUGUAAUGCCUCUUAGAUUCAAUUCUUCUCAAUUUCCACCUUUUCCUUUCUCCGUGCCCCCUACCCUUGUUUUUCCUUUUGGCAGCCCUCUGAUGACCUCCCAAAUGCCAAAUUAAUGAUCAACCCGUUACUUAGGACACCACCUACAUGCCUUAUUUUCCUUUGUCGGGUAUUCUCAAUAGUUGUUCUCUGAGUGUUAGAGCGAGUUCAAAUUCCUGGGUUUGGUAUUAAGGCUUUCCUUCCAGUAGCCGUUUUCCAAAUUCUCAACUGGGGGAUGGUGCCUUGAAUCCACGCACAGCUCCACUUUUCAGAACGUCCCUCCCCCAUCCUUCCGAUGAAAUCCCAUCCCUUCCAGAAGACCUGGUUUGAUUCCCACAUCCCCCAGGAAGCUCUCAUUGGCCAAUUAUUCCAGCCCUAAUAUCCUUUAUCACUUGGGGACCCCGCCCCACCUAACACCGAAUUGUCUCAUACACUCGUGACUUUGUCUCGGAGGGUGGGACCCCAUGUCUGGCCGAAUUUGCACAUCACCAAGCAAAGAUCUCGCACUCAAAUAACGCUGAAAAACUGGAUGGAUGAAUAAAUGAACAUGCUCCCGGUCCAGUCCCUUCUUGCUAAUUCCCAGCACCUACCCCCUCUUCCUACCAGAGUCUGACCCAGUGAGUCCGACCUCCGGACGCCGCCAAGCAGCACUGGGAUCGACUGUGUUCCUGAAUCCAGAGCAUUUCCACGUAGCCCGCCCUUCGCCUUAACCCUGAGCCGAGGUGGUGCAAAGCCCCGCGCUCUGCCCUUCCAUGUCAACCGGGUUGGUUUCGGGAAUUGCCGCCACUAGCGCCCAUGACCCCACAGGGGUCGAGGGCGACGCCGCCAGAACCGCAGGGGGAUGCGGUGGCGCCCCUCGCCCUCCCCCUCGCGGCCAUUGGGCAGCCUCGGCGGCGCGCCCUGUGGACGGGGCGGGGCCCUCCCCAUCUCCCCUCGUUCCCCUCCCCUGUUUCCCGGGGUGGGAACGUCGGGAGGCGGGAGGCGGGAGGCGUGGAGGGGCUGCUGAGGGGCGUCCGGUUACGUCUCCGCCUUCCUCAGCCUGGUCCACCGAGCCGCUAGGUUUGCGGGACAGCAGUUCGGGAACAUGUUGGCCGCGAUGCGCCGGAGCGGGGCUGCGUGGACGCGGGCGCUGCUGCUGCAGCUGCUGCUGGCGGGGCCCGGGGGCUGCCUGAGCCGCCAGGAGCUCUUCCCGUUCGGCCCGGGACACGGGGACCUGGAGCUGGAAGCUGGGGACGACCGUGUCUCCCCAGCCCUGGAGCUGAGGCAGGCGCUCCGCUUCUUCGACAAAUCCGACAUCGACUCGGUCUACGUCACCACCAAUGGUAUUAUUGCCAUGAGUGAACCCCCAGCCAAAGAAUCCCAUCCGGGGUACUUCCCACCGACCUUUGGAGUAGUUGCACCUUUUCUGGCGGACUUGGACACGACAGAUGGCCUUGGGAAGGUUUAUUAUCGGGAAGACUUAUCCCCGUCCAUCACUCAGCUAGCCGGAGAGUGUGUCCAGAGAGGGUUCCCAGAAGUCUCUUUCCAGCCCAGUAGCGCGGUGGUUGUCACUUGGGAAUCCGUGGCCCCCUACCAGGGGCCCAGCAAGGACCCUGACCAGGAAGGCAAGAGAAACACAUUCCAGGCUGUUCUGGCCUCCUCUGAUUCCAGCUCCUUUGCCAUUUUCCUCUAUCCUGAAGACGGUCUGCAGUUCUAUACAACAUUCUCAAAGAAGGACGAGAACCAAGUUCCUGCUGUGGUUGCAUUCAGUCAAGGUGUACAGGGAUUAUUCUGGAAGAGCGAAGGAGCUUAUAAUAUAUUUGCUAACGACAGAGAAUCAAUUGGAAAUUUGGCCAAGAGCAGCAACUCGGGGCAGCAGGGCGUCUGGGUGUUUGAGAUAGGGAGCCCGGCCACGGCCAGUGGUGUGGUGCCCUCCGACGUGAGCCUCGGACUGGACGACGGAGCAGAGUAUGAUGAUGAAGACUACGAGUCAGUGACACAUCUGGACCUGGAGGACGCGAGCACCACACCUUUCCCCUAUGAGGCUCGGAGGAGGGGAGACCCGGGCACACACAGCGUGCCCCAUGUCCUCUCCCCCCGCCGCCUGCCUACUGAGAGACUCCCCGGACCUCCCACGGAGAGGACCAGGUCUUUCCAGCCACCAGCAGAGACGUUUCCCCAACAGCACGUGCAGGUCAUAGACGUGGACGAAGUUGAGGAGACAGGAGUGGUGUUCAGCUACAACACGGAUUCCCGCCAGACCUGCGCCAACAACAGACACCAGUGCUCCGUGCAUGCCGAAUGCAGGGACUUCGCCACGGGGUUCUGCUGCAGCUGCGUGGCUGGUUAUACGGGGGACGGCCGGCAGUGUGUUGCAGAAGGUUCCCCCCAGCGAGUUAAUGGCAAGGUGAAAGGAACGAUCUUUGUGGGGAACAGCCCGCUCCCCGUCGUCUUCGAGAACACCGACCUCCACUCUUACGUGGUGAUGAACCACGGGCGCUCCUACACAGCCAUCAGCACCAUUCCAGAGACCGUUGGCUAUUCUCUGCUUCCUCUGGCCCCUGUCGGAGGCAUCAUUGGAUGGAUGUUUGCUGUGGAACAGGACGGGUUCAAGAAUGGGUUCAGCAUCACAGGAGGCGAGUUCACCCGUCAGGCCGAGGUGACGUUCGUGGGGUCCCCGGGCAAGCUGAUCAUCAAGCAGCAGUUCAGUGGCAUCGACGAGCACGGACACCUGACCAUCGACACGGAGCUGGAGGGCCGCGUGCCCCAUAUCCCGUUCGGCUCCUCGGUGCACAUCGAGCCCUACACAGAGCUCUACCACUACUCCCGUGGGGUGAUCACCUCCUCCUCCAUGCGGGAGUACACGGUGAUGGAGCCUGAGCAAGAUGGAGCUGCCCCUUCCAACAUCUACACUUACCAGUGGCGCCAGACCAUCACCUUCCAGGAAUGCGCCCACGACACCUCCCGGCCGGCCCUGCCCAGCACCCAGCAGCUCUCAGUGGACAGCGUGUUUGUCCUGUACAACCAGGAGGAGAAGAUCUUGCGCUACGCGCUAAGCAACUCCAUCGGUCCCGUGAGGGAAGGCUCCCCAGACGCCCUGCAGAAUCCUUGCUACAUCGGCACUCACGGGUGUGACACCAAUGCGGCCUGUCGCCCUGGCCCCGGGGUUCAGUUCACCUGCGAGUGCUCCAUCGGCUUCCAAGGGGAUGGAAGGACCUGCUCUGAUAUCGAUGAAUGUUCAGAACAGCCCUCGGUGUGUGGGAGCCACGCAAUCUGCAACAAUCACCCCGGAACCUUCCGUUGCGAGUGUGUGGAGGGCUAUCAGUUUUCAGAAGAGGGAAAGUGUGUGGCUAUUGCGGACCAACGCCCCAUCAACUACUGCACCACCGGUCUCCACGACUGCGACAUACCCCAGCGGGCUCAGUGUAUCUACAUGGGAGGGGCCUCAUACACCUGUUCCUGUCUGCCAGGCUUCUCUGGGGAUGGCCGAGCCUGCCAAGACGUGGAUGAAUGCCAGUCGAGCCGAUGUCACCCCGAUGCCUUCUGCCAUAACACUCCAGGCUCCUUCACGUGCCAGUGCAAACCGGGUUAUCACGGAGACGGCUUCCACUGUGUACCUGGAGAAAUGGAGAAAACCCGAUGCCAACUGGAGAGAGAACACAUCCUCAGGGCAGCGGGGGUGACGGGCCCACAGCGGCCAGGCCUGUUUGUCCCUGAGUGUGACGAGCACGGGCACUACAUGCCCACCCAGUGCCACGGCAGCACGGGCCAGUGCUGGUGUGUGGAUCGUGACGGCCGUGAGCUGGAGGGCACCAGGACCAGGCCCGGGAUGAGGCCUCCCUGUCUGAGUACGGUGGCUCCGCCGAUUCACCAUGGACCCUCCGUUCCUACCGCUGUGAUCCCCCUGCCACCUGGGACCCACUUACUCUUUGCUCAGACUGGGAAAAUAGAGCGCGUCCCCCUGGAAGGAAGCACCAUGCAGAAGACAGAAGCCAAGACGUUGCUUCACGCCCCGGAUAAAGUCAUCAUUGGACUGGCCUUCGACUGUGUGGACAAGAUGGUUUACUGGACCGACAUCAGUGAGCCUUCCAUUGGGAGAGCCAGUCUGCAUGGCGGAGAGCCAACUACCAUCAUUCGACAAGAUCUUGGAAGUCCAGAAGGCAUUGCCCUUGACCAUCUUGGCCGCAACAUUUUCUGGACUGAUUCUCACUUGGAUCGAAUAGAAGUUGCAAAGCUGGAUGGCACCCAGCGCCGGGUGCUGUUUGAGACUGAUUUGGUGAAUCCCAGAGGCAUCGUAACGGACUCCGUGCGAGGGAACCUUUAUUGGACCGACUGGAACAGAGAUAGCCCCAAAAUUGAAACUUCCUACAUGGACGGCACGAACCGGAGGAUCCUCGUGCAGGAUGACCUGGGCUUGCCCAACGGGCUGACAUUUGAUGCCUACUCAUCUCAGCUCUGCUGGGUGGACGCAGGCACCAAUCGGGUGGAGUGUCUGAAGCCUGGGCAGUCCGGCCGACGCAGGCUUCUUGAAGGGCUCCAGUACCCUUUUGCUGUCACCAGCUAUGGGAAGCAUCUGUAUUACACGGACUGGAAGAUGAAUUCCGUGGUCGCUGUAGAUCUUGCUGUUUCCAAAGAGACGGAUACCUUCCACCCCCACAAGCAGACCCGGCUAUAUGGCGUCACCACAGCCCUGUCUCAGUGUCCCCAAGGUCACAACUAUUGCUCAGUGAACAAUGGUGGUUGUACCCACCUCUGCUUGGCUACCCCCGGAAGCAGGACCUGCCGUUGCCCUGACAACACUCUGGGAGUUGACUGUAUCGAGCAGAAAUAAAGACAAGAGUGCCUCAUUUCCUCUGCAAGUAUUCAGCAGCACCCUACUUGAAAGGGUCCAGACUGAAAACUAUCUGACCUGGUGGCCACCAUGCCCAGGUCCUAUCCAGCCUGAGCCCCAACAGUGUUCCCCUCGCUGUCCCCAAAACAUAUGCCCUGGGCUUCCGGAAUGGGAAAGUCUCUUCCCCUACACACAGACAGAAAACCCUCCCGAGGGAGGAUUAUAUGCCCAUCCCAGUGCUCUGGAGCCUUUCCCCAACUUAGCAGCCCAGUGGUGAGCAGAGCCUCCCCAGCCAGGCCUGAGCUGCCCCCUCCCCUGUGGCCUUAUGAGCUCAGCCUCACUCUGACACACCUGCCAUUCUGUUAUCUCCCUGACACACCAGCCAGGGCCACCUAGGCGAGGCUGUGAAUGAAGGAGGGUGUUAAUCCUCCCCCGCUUUUCUCUUGGUGCUCGGAUUUCCCUCCUCCUAGCUUUUUCCCCCUGAGUCUGUACCACCUGCAUCCUGUCCAAGGUCCCCAUCACAGUGAGUAGUAAGCCUUGGCCUUCGUGCAAAACCCACCCUGUCUUAGGGCUCUGUGGAUACCUGUGGGCCAUAAGGAGCAGCCCCUCCCAGAUAAGUUACUGGCAUUUCGGCAGGUAGGCAAAGCCUUCAGUCAAAAGAGUGUCCAGUGGCAGGAAUUUCAAGGUGUAGAGUCAGGUGUUUGAGGAUGAGGAUUUUUCAGAAGUGCUUACUUAAAUUUACACCAGUGGUUACCAAAUGAUUCCUGUUUGCGCAAAGCACCUGGAUCCCAGCAUCUGGUCUCUUGAGUGGCCUGGCCCCAUGGCUGGCAUUGAUGCCGCGCCUCCCUCACUUCGGGCAUAGCUGGGGGCUGGUACCAGUGAUGACCCCCCUCUGGGCCCUUCCCUCCCUCCCCCACUGGUGAGAGCUGAUCUACAGUCACCAUGAGCUCACUUCUCCUUUGUUUCUCCCUCUGCUCAUGGCCCUUGCUGGCUGUCUUCUCAUCAAAGAGGGCCAGGUUGAAUAUUUAUACUACUGACCCAGACCCUUGAUUGCUUUAUGUGUUUAGAAACAGCUCCGGGCCAGACGAGUAGCUAGUGUUACCUUUUAUCGGCUGCUUCCCAAAGUUGCAAAACAAUAGGAAUUUUGGAUUGAAAGCUGAGCAUAUAAGGAGUUGGAGUCAGGAAGGAUUAGGGUAAGGGAGUAGAGAAAGCUCAGUGGAAAGUACCACAAAGAGACUGAUCAAGAGGAAAGGGUAGAGAAGGGCAUUUGACAACAGCAAUGAGAAAAACUCUUUAAUAAUCCCAAAGAGAAAAUGGCACCUUUUGCCAAAGAACACUUAUGCUUGAAGACAUGGAAGAAUUUGCUUGUUUUUCUCCGUGGGGCAGAGAUCCUUCCCCUUAUCUGCAAACCUCAGUGAGUUUUGCAGUGCAAACCCACCCGUACCCCCUCCCCACAUUGUCCUCAUCUGCUUCAGCAUGCCAGUGGCACCUGGAUCGGGAAAGAGCCUUUCCCUGAAUAAUUGGAGUUUGUUUUGAGAGCCAGAUAUAUCCCCCAAAAUCACACGAUUUGGGGAACACAUGGGUCUUUUAUCCAGCCCAGCCCCCUGAAUUAGUUUUGCUUAUUUUUUAUAUUUAUCAUGCCAUAUCAAGCCCUCUAUAUCAAAUGUUUGUCAUGAUUUUGUAUAGUUUUUUAUAACUAUUUUAUUCGUUUUACUAGAUUCAUUCUAAAAGUUUUCAAAUGGUCAAUUCUUAAACUGUGGAAUCCACUGAAGGUGCUUAUUAACUGUUCCCCCAGAUUUAUACAAGUAUUGGAUGAUUCCUUGAGUUUACAGCUGUACAAAUACCAGUGCAGAAAAUUAAACAAUUUUUUUGUUAAAAAAAAAA